UAAGCCAUAUAUAUUAUGUGGAUACCAGUAUAAUAAAGCAAAGCCUUUUAAGGAUCAGCAUAAAUUAAAACAAAAUAUUUAACAUUCUUGAUUUUCCGACGAUAUGCCGAUAAGCCGGAUAGCAAUCGGAAGGACGGAGGAAGCCACUCACCCCGACUCCUUAAAGGCGGCGUUGGCUGAGUUUAUUUCCACCUUAAUUUUUGUAUUUGCGGGUUCAGGUUCAGGUGUUGCAUUCAGCAAGUUGACCGGUGGGGGUGCUAACACCCCCGCCGGACUCAUUGCUGCUGCCAUUGCUCACGGUUUCGGUCUAUUUGUAGCGGUCUCCGUAGGGGCUAACAUUUCAGGAGGACAUGUGAACCCUGCUGUCACAUUUGGUGCUUUUGUUGGUGGUAAUAUAACACUUUUACGUGGACUUUUGUAUUGGAUUGCUCAAUUGCUUGGCUCUGUUGUUGCUUGUUUGCUUCUCAAGUUUACCACCGGUGGCAUGGAGAUAGGUGCAUUCUCUUUGUCCGAUGGAGUUGGUGUAGGCAACGCAUUGGUACUUGAAAUUGUAAUGACAUUUGGCCUAGUCUACACGGUGUACGCUACCGCAGUGGAUCCAAAGAAGGGUAGUUUGGGAACAAUUGCACCAAUUGCUAUUGGUUUCAUUGUUGGAGCCAAUAUCUUAGCUGGUGGGGCUUUUGAUGGGGCCUCAAUGAACCCAGCAGUUUCAUUUGGCCCAGCAGUUGUGAGUUGGAGCUGGAACAACCACUGGAUUUAUUGGGCUGGGCCUCUUAUUGGUGGUGGGCUUGCUGGGCUUGUCUAUGAAUUCUUCUUCAUCAAUCAGACCCAUGAACCAUUGCCCCAAUAAGCUUACAAGAUGAAAAUGUAAAUGGUGAAUUUUAGAAUAUUAAUGUGUGGGAUGAACUUGAUUGUAUUGUGUGAUGUUGUUGGGGUGGGGAGAAAAGGGGGUGAGGGUAUUUAUGUAAUUGUGUUUGGAGUGUGGGAGGGGAGAAGGUUGGGGGUAGGGGGUUGAGGGUAUUUAUGUAAUUGUGUUGGUUCUAUGUUACAAUUGUCUAUUGAAGUCUCUUUUACU